AUAGAGUAGCUGUGCCUUUAAUUUGCCAACAGCAAAACUGCAGAGAGUCUGUGCCUUGAAGGCAUCCCAUUACAGUGGAAUGAGCUAAGGAUCUGGGCUCAGCUAUAUAAACCAGGAGAAACUGCUUGCGCUAACCACAGUUUGCCUUACUAUCAAACAUCUCUCUCCCUCCCUCGCUCUCUUCUCCUCUCUGUGACUCAUCACACCUAUGCCACAGAUGGGACAAGUUUCCUGAGUUUUUUCUCUCUCUCAAGGCAGAAUAAGAAGAAAGUGGCUUUUAAGCAUCCUAGCUACCCCAUGGAGACUCGACAAAACAAGAGGAAUUAACGCUUAUCAACGGUAACCAGGGCUGACAAGAGGAGGAAGAGCGAAUUGGCACCAUCGCAUCUGAGUGGGGUCUUGUAAUUCUUCCUUAGAUUGCGAAGGUAAAGUAGAGAAGUCAUAAGAACAUCCCAAAGGACCUGAAACUCAACAUGGGCCUCCCUGCUUGGGCACUGGCCUUGGUGGCCAUCUCUUUAUUCCCUCCCCACGUCAGUGGUGGACUCAUCAAGAGAAUUAUUCGGCAGAAGAGGGAGACUGGGCUCAACGUCACAUUGCCAGAGGACAACCAGCCCGUGGUCUUUAACCAUGUCUACAAUAUUAAUGUCCCCGUGGGCUCUCUGUGCUCUGUAGACUUGGACUCAGCAAGUGGUGACUCAGAACUAAAGCCUCAGACUGAGCCAAACAAACAGUAUCAGGAGCACACAUUGAACGAGGAGAACCAGAUUGUCUUUACGCACAGGAUAAACAUCCCACGGCGGGCCUGUGGCUGUGCAGCAGCCCCCAGUAUCAAGGAUCUCUUAAGCAGGCUUGAGGAACUGGAAGGACUGGUGUCCUCUCUACGAGAUCAGUGUGCCAACGGAGCUGGGUGCUGCCUUAGUGGACAGCCGGUAGAAGGUGCAGGUCCCAUUGAUUCCAGACCCUACUGCAGUGGACGGGGGAACUACAGCAAUGAUGUCUGUGGUUGCAUCUGUGAACCUGGCUGGAAAGGACCCAACUGUUCUGAACCAGAGUGCCCCCAGAAUUGCAACAGCAGGGGGCGAUGCAUCAAUGGCAAGUGCAUUUGCGAUGAUGGCUACACGGGGGAAGAAUGUGGGCAGCUGGCAUGCCCUGGGGACUGCAGUGACCAAGGCAAAUGUGUUGAUGGGCAGUGUGUGUGCUUUGAUGGCUAUGCCGGAGAGGACUGCAGCCUGGAGGUUUGCUUGGUGCCAUGCAGUGAGCACGGAAAGUGUGUGAAUGGGCAGUGCAUCUGCAAGGAAGGCUUCAGUGGGACAGACUGCAGCCAGCCUUUGUGUCUUAAUAACUGCAAUAACCGGGGGCGCUGCGUGGAAGAGGAGUGUGUGUGUGAUGAAGGCUACACUGGCAAUGAUUGCGGCGAGCUCAUUUGCCCCAACGACUGCUAUGACCGUGGCCAUUGCAUUAAUGGGACCUGCUUCUGUGAAGCUGGGUUCACUGGAGAGGACUGUGGCGACCUGGCGUGUCCCAACAAUUGCCACGGCAAUGGCCGCUGUGACAACGGUGUGUGUGUGUGCUAUGAAGGAUUCACAGCAGAUGACUGCAGUGAGCGGAAGUGUCCCGAAGACUGCAACAAGCAUGGCCGCUGCAUUAAUGGACAGUGCGUGUGCCAUGAGGGUUUCUUGGGCAUCGACUGUGGAGAAGUGAGGUGCCCCAAUGACUGCAACAACCAGGGGCGUUGCAUCAAUGGCCAGUGUGUGUGUGAUGAAAGGUUCAUGGGGGAGGACUGUAGCAAGCUGAGGUGUCCUAACGACUGUCACAAUCGUGGCCGGUGCAUCAGGGGACAGUGCAAGUGUGAUGAGGGGUUCAUGGGCAAUGACUGCGGGGACUUGAAGUGCCCCAAUGACUGCCACAACCAUGGAAGGUGCAUCAACGGGCAGUGUGUGUGUGAUGAGGGCUUUGUGGGCGAGGACUGUGGAGAGCUGAGGUGCCCCAAUGACUGCUACAACCAGGGACGCUGCAUUGAUGGCAAGUGUGUGUGUGAUGACGCCUUCAUUGGGAUUGACUGUGGUGAACUGCGCUGCCCCAACGACUGCAACGGCCAGGGCCGCUGUGUUGAUGGCCAGUGCGUGUGUGACGAGGGCUACACAGGGGAGGAUUGUGCUGAACAGACAUGCCCCAAUGACUGCAACAAUCGUGGGCGCUGCGUUUCUGGAGUCUGCGUGUGCAACGAAGGCUUUGUUGGUGAGGACUGCCAAGAACUGGCCUGUGUGAACAACUGCAAUGACCAAGGCCGUUGCGUGAACGGGCAGUGUGUGUGCGAUGAGGGCUUCACUGGAGUGUACUGCAGCCAACAGCAGUGCCCCAAAGACUGCAGUAAUCGAGGGCACUGCAUCAAUGGGAUGUGCGUGUGUGAUGAGGGAUACCAAGGGCCUGAUUGCAGCAAACAAUCCUGCCCCAACGAUUGCAGCGACCUUGGCCGCUGUGUCGAAGGACAAUGUGUCUGUGAAGAAGGCUACGUAGGUGAUGAUUGUUCCGAUGUAUCUCCACCAAAAGAUCUGAUGGUUAUAGAUGUGACAGAUAAAACUGUCAACUUGGAAUGGAAGAAUGAAAAUGAGGUGACUGAGUACCUCAUCACCUACACUCCUACUGGCAUUGGUGGCUUAGUUUUUGAGUUCCGAGUGCCUGGAAACCAUACGUCAGCCACCAUCCGGGAGCUGGAGCCUGGUGUGGAAUACUUCAUCCGCGUCUUUGCCAUCCUGAAGAAUAAGAAGAGCAUCCCGAUUAGUGCUCGGGUAGCGACUUAUUUGCCCGCUCCAGAUGGCUUGAAGUUCAAAUCUGUUAAAGAGACAUCAGUGGAAGUGGAGUGGGAUCCCCUGGACAUUCCAUUCAGUGGGUGGGAGAUUGUUUUCCACAGCUUGAAAGAGGAAGACAAUGGUGGAAUCAGGAGCAGCCUGAAAAAGCCUCAAACGUCCUAUCUGCAACCAGGCCUGGCACCAGGACAACAAUAUAACGUGUCUCUUUACGUUGUGAAGAAUCAAACCAGAGGACCUGGCCUCUCUAGAGUCAUAACUACACGGCUUGAUGCCCCCAGCCAUAUUGAGGCAAAAGAUGUUACAGACACCACAGCGCUGAUCACAUGGUUUAAACCAUUGGCUGAGAUUGAUGGUAUUGAGCUGAAGUUUGGGCCGAAGGAUGCCCCAGGGGACCGAACAUCCAUUGACCUCUCAGAGGAUGAAAAUCAGUACUCCAUUGGGAAUCUGAAGCCACACACCGAAUAUGAGGUGACACUAGUGUCCCGACGUGGGGACAUGGAGAGCGACCCUGUGACAGAAACCUUUGUCACAGAGCUGGAUGCUCCAAGAAAUCUGAAGCGCCUGUCUCAGACAGACACCACUAUCACCCUGGAGUGGAAGAACAGCCAAGCAACGCCUGAAGCUUAUAGAAUCAAGUAUGCCCCCAUUUCUGGUGGAGAUCAUGCUGAAGUCACAGUGCCCAGAAGCCACCAAGACACAACCAAAGCAACACUCACAGGUCUCAGGCCAGGAACAGAAUAUGGCAUUGGAGUGACAGCUGUGAAGCAGGACAAAGAGAGUGCUCCUUCUACCAUUAAUGCUGGAACUGAUUUGGAUCGUCCUAAGGACUUGGAAGUCACUGAUCCUACUGAAACAACUCUUACCUUGCGCUGGAAACGACCCCUGGCCAAAAUUGACCGCUAUCGCCUUACUUACACAACCCCAUCAGGGCAAAAGGAUGAGAUAGAGAUUCCUGCAGAUAGUACGUCUCACAUUCUGCGGUCGUUAGAUGCCGGAAUAGAGCACACCAUCAGCCUUGUAGCCGAGAAAGGCAGGCACAAAAGCAAGCCAGCAACUGUGACUGGCUCUACAGAAGAGGAACCUGAGCUGGGGAAUUUAUCAGUCUCAGAGGUUCAUUGGGAUGGAUUCCAGAUCACCUGGACGGCUGAAGAAGGGGCCUAUGAGAACUUUGUCAUACAGGUGCAGGAGCCAAACCAGCCAGAAGAUGGGAGGAAUCUCACCGUCCCUGGAAAUUUCCAAUCUGUGGACCUCACUGGCCUUCUGCCAAACACUCUGUACACGAUCACACUGUAUGGUGUGACUCGGGGAUACAGAACUAAACCCCUCUCAGUUGAAUCCACAACAGCAAUGAAGCCAGAAGUCAGCGAUCUAACUGUUUCGGGCAUCACCCCUGAAAGCUUCAACCUUUCCUGGAUGACCACCAAAGGAGACUUCGAGAACUUUAUCAUUGAAAUUGUUGAUUCCAACAGGUUGCUGAAACCCAUGGAAUACAACGUCUCGGGCCAUUUAAGGACUGCUCAUAUCUCAGGGCUGUCCCCCAAAACCAAUUUCAUUAUCUACCUCUAUGGAGUCACUCGUGGAUUCCGUACGCAAGCAUUAAGCGCUGCUGCUACUACAGAAGCAGAACCUGAAGUGGACAAUCUUCUGGUGUCGGAUGCAACACCUGAUGGCUUCCGUCUGUCUUGGACGGCAGAUGAUGGAGCCUUUGACAGUUUUCUUCUGAAAAUCAGGGAUGCCAGGAAGGUGUCGGACCCUCUGGAACUCAUUGUGCCAGGCCAUGAGCGCACCCAAGAUAUAGUAGGGCUGAAAGAAGGCACUGUAUAUCACAUUGAUCUUUAUGGAGUUACCAGUGGACGGCGUUCCCAACCUAUAAAUUCAGUCGCUACAACAGCGAUGGGAUCUCCCAAGGAAAUCACCUUCUCAGAUAUUACCAAAGACUCAGCUGUGGUCAGCUGGACGGCCCCACCGACACGGGUGGACAGCUUCCGGAUUACCUACGUUCCAGUUACAGGAGGUCCCCCCAAUGCUGUGACAGUAGAUGGAAGCAAGAGUAGUAUUAAGCUAGUAAAACUGAUCCCUGGAGCGGAGUACAUCGUCAGUAUCAUCUCCGUCAAAGGCUUUGAGGAAAGUGAGCCUGUUUCUGGAUCUCUGACCACAGCUUUGGAUAGCCCAUCGGGGCUAAUGGCGGUGAACAUCACAGAUUCCGAAGCAUUGGCUGUCUGGCAGCCAGCAAUUGCUGCUGUAGAUGAGUACGUAAUUUCCUACGGAACGAAGGACGAGCUGGAAGUAACUCAACGUGUCUCAGGCAACACUGUAGAAUAUGAUCUCACUGGCCUUCGUCCAGCCUCUGAAUAUACACUCCGUAUCUAUGCCAGAAAGGGGCCACAGAAAAGCACAGUCAUCUCCACCAGAUUCACUACAGGUGUCGAUGCCCCAAGGGAUCUGACUGCCACUGAUAUUCAGUCUGAAUCAGCACAGCUGAAAUGGAAGCCUCCCCGUGGUUCUGUUACAGGUUACCUCCUGAUCUAUGAAUCCAUUGAUGGCACAGUCAAGGAAGUUAUCCUGGGACCUGAGUCGACUUCCUACAGCUUAGCAGACCUGAAUCCAAACACCCACUACACGGUGAAGUUACAGGCCCUAAACCAGAACUUGAAGAGCAAGAUCAUCCAAACAAUGUUCACCACAGUUGGGGGUUUGUAUCCUUACCCCCGAGACUGCUCCCAAGCUUUGUUGAAUGGAGUAACAGCCUCCGGCCUCUACACAAUUUACCUGAACGGUAGCAAGUCUCAGCCUGCAGAGGUGUACUGCGACAUGACGUCCGACGGAGGCGGAUGGAUUGUGUUUCUAAGAAGGCAGAAUGGAAAGGAGGACUUCUACCGCAACUGGAGGACUUAUGAGACUGGAUUUGGAAACCCCAAGGAUGAAUUCUGGCUAGGCCUGGACAAGCUCAACAAAAUCACUUCCCAGGGCCAGUAUGAGUUGCGGGUGGAUUUGCGUGAUCAAGGAGAAACUGCUUAUGCCCUCUACGACAAAUUUUUAGUCGGAAAUGCCACGACUCGCUACCGGCUGAAUGUGGAUGGGUACAGUGGCACGGCAGGCGAUUCCAUGACCUACCACAACAAGAGCAGAUUUUCCACUUUCGACAAGGACCAUGACUCAGCCAUCACUAACUGUGCCUUGUCAUACAAGAGUGCUUUCUGGUACAAGAACUGUCACCGUGCGAACCUGAUGGGUGUAUAUGGGGAUAACAAACACAGCCAGGGUGUCAACUGGUUCCACUGGAAGGGCCACGAGCACUCCAUCCAGUUUGCGGAGAUGAAACUGAGGCCCCACAGCUUUAGGAAUCUCGAAGGCAGAUGGAAGAGAUCAUAAAACCCCCUCCGUAGGCCUGGCCAAGAGAGAAAAAAAGAAUGGAAUGGGGGGAGAGAGAAGGUUGUGGUUUGCUUGUUUGUUUCCAGAAAUUUGGGGAAGGGAGAUUAGCAAAGAAGAUGGGAACUUUACCAAAUCAUCAGUGUUGCUUGACAUAACCAUGGCUCCUUCAACCAUUUUUAUUGGGGGUGGGAUGGGAAAGCCUUCUUCAAAACGUAGUGUGCUCAAUGGAGCAUCUUUUUUUUCCCCUGUCCGUAGCUAGCUUUCUCUGCACCAAAGAUGACAAUCGCCAGGGAGGGACUGGGGAGGGGGAAGGGUGUCAGGGGAAAGGACAUGAUCCGGCAUAUUGACACAUUCACACAGAAAAGAGGGUUAUACAAACUAAGUUUUACUCAGAGUAGACCCAUUUAAAUCAAUGCACCUAAGUUAGUCCUAUCAUUCAUUUCAAUGGGUCUCCUCUGAGUAGGACUAACAUUGAAUACUGCCCAUGCAUUCUUAUUGGGAUCUUUGUAAGCCAUCCUUGAGCUUUUAGCUGAUCAUCUGGAAGCUUUUCUCACUGUAUAUACACAGGUUGGAUCCAGACUUCACCAUGGCUAACUGAAGUCCCAACCUUCUCCAAGCAUGACUUAGAGCUGCAAUCCUAUCCCCACUCUCCUCGGAGUGGUACUGGCUGAUGCCCAGUGGGAUUGGUAGGGCAGGCAACAGAGAGCCCAACAGUAGGUGGAACCAUAGCCAGUGAUAGAGCCAGAGCCAAUCACAGGCAGGGCCAACUAAUUCUAGUUUUGUUUCUGCCCUUUUCCCUCCUGAGGACUACAAGGGCAUCACUGAGACUAAGGAGGAGGAAGGUGACAGUUGGGGCCACUCUGGACUGGUUGUAAGUAAGAAGGUAGCUGGCCUUGGAGGAAUCAUUGCUGAGGUUGGUGGAGCAGCGUUCCACUUGCCCUACUGUUGCAGCUCCAUUGUCUGGGAGUAAGCCCCAUUGAAUUCAAUGGGAUGGAACUUCUGAGCAGACAUGGUAAGGACUGCACUGUAAGCCUGGAUCCACCCUGUAUAUAAACACACAGAGAAAGGAGGGCAUGUAAACAUUUCAGCCUAAAAUUAAUAUUAUUAAUAUAAUGAAAAAAUAACAGUAAGGAUGAAAAUAAUAAGCUAAGUUUUUGUCAUCAUUUUUUAAAAAAAGCAAUCCAUGCUUUCAAAAAACAACAACAGCAGGACAGUGUCUGAUUGUACAUUUUUUUUUAAAAAAAAACAGAUUAAA